CACUGUGCAUACAACAUACACAAAAUACAAUUUGAAAUAUGUGCACAAUAUACUCUCAGUACCCUUAUAAGGACAUAUUUGUACUUUAUACUCAAAAAGGUGCACCCUACAUUAGUACCUUAGAGUACCAAUAUGUACCUUAAUGUACAACUAUGAAAACUUUUCAUCUUAACUUUUCAACUUAAAUCAUUUUACCCCCAAAUCAUAUAUUUAAAAGUGUCUACUAAAUGCAUAGAUUGUUGUGUGUUUGUGAGUGACACAGAUGAUGGGCCAUUUUAGCUGAAACCAUGUCACCCAUUUUACCUCAGUGGGUUAAGGUAAAUAGGGCCGCCAAGAAAAACAUAACUUUUUCAAAAAAUAUAUUCCUAUUCCAAACUAACAACAUUAUUUCUGAUUGAUGAUGUAACUGUCAAAAGACAUGUUUUUCAAAGAUAUGUAUAUUAUUUUUGUUUGUUUAAACAGUCUAAUCAAUUUGAGUUCAUUUAUUGUUUAAAAGUAGAGAAUGUGCUCCCUUAGAAAGUUUAAUGUCAUGGGUUCUUUAAGAAAGAGUUAAUAUCGAAGUGUAACAGGUCAUAUGACCAGGUUGAGUUGAACGCGGGACCGCUGCAUUAUGGGUUGAAGAAACAUGGAUGCAGAGUAAUGUUAAUGGUAUACAGAGCCUGGAAAAGAGUAACCUUUAUCUGCAUGGUCUAAGAGGGCGCACACGUUUUCACGGUGUCUGCUGGAAAGAGACAGAGACAUAGAGACAAAUAAAAAGCAAAAAAGGACAUCUGUAUGAAGCAUGGCUCAUUUCAUUAGACCAGUGCAGCUACAGUGAAAACGUAACGCCAGCAAAGCCGACGCGCCAAAUGUGGAACGGUACCCGUCGGAUCUGAAGAGAAAGCAACAUCGCGGCUGCUGGAGCAUCGCGUACAGAAAAGACAUCGUAGAAAAGGAAGAAUCAAGAUCGCGGAACCAUUGCGCGGUCAGAGAUUGCGUCAGAGAAGAGACUUCCCCUUUCACAGUUGUCACAGCCAAGGAAAGUACCGCGACGCAAACAGUAGACGGCGACAUACAUCCGUCUAGACUACAGUCUUACAAGUAUCCUUCCUACAGGCUUCAGAGUACAGUGUUUAUUUAAUCGUUGUUUGAAGCACAAUAGUUCUGCUUUGCAGUUAACUUCAGGUUUGACUGUGCUACGUCUACAUCUAUAUGGACAUUAAAAAAAAGAGAAGAAAAGUAAAGUUUUAUAAAUAUAUUGCUUUAAUUGAUUUAUGCUUUAGCUUUGACAUUGUUGUGAAUGGUGAGUGAAUGGUGAUCUGAGAGUAAUAGUUAAGUAACCGUGUACUAAAGUGUUUUUGGUAAACAUUUACAAUGUCAGUCUAUGGAGGAAAAUCACAAUGUGGUGAAUCAAGUGAGCAAAUAGAGACCAUGCAAGCAGAGUUGAUUAGGUUAAAUGAACAAUUGAAAUCUCAAAGUAAUGAUGUUGAAAGGGAAAAAUUAGAGUCACUCAUAGGUGAUGUUCAUUCUAAAAUACAGUCACUUCAAACAGCAAUGACAGAACCUAUUCCUUCCAUUCAAGAACAGAUGAACCCAGGAAAUCCUCACGAGAGAGAAAGUUAAAUCCAAAAAAUGCAGGAGCUUAAGCAGCAAGAAGUUUCUCAAAAGGAGAGUAAAUUCAUCAAGUUGUAUGAAAGCUGGAAAGACCAAGUUAAAGCUACACAUACCAAACUUAAGGGUGAGUGCUCUGACCAAGACUUAAGUGACCUGAUGGACAGUGUAGAGGGAAUGGAAAGUCAAGUUAAAAAUGUGUAUGAACUUAUAAGAUCUCAAUCAGUUCCUUCUACUGAGAUUAGAAGAAAAAUGGAUUCCUGUACAGCAGUGACUGCAGAUUUGAUGGGGCUGAUGAAAGUGCGUAUGAGUGAAGUGGGGUAAGAGGAAUUUGAUUCUAAUGCAGAAGAUGCAAGACUACAAGCUCCAAGUCUAUUCGUAGUCACCGUUCAAGCUCCUCAAUAGAUCAGUAAAGUAUCACUGCAAAAAGAGCAGAGUGCGCCGCACAGUUGGCUGCAAAGCAGGCAGAGAUAAAAAUGGAAGAGGCUAUUGCUACUCAAAGGCUAGAACUUAAAAGACUGGAGAAUCAGAGAGAUCUUCAGGUUAUAGCUGCAAAGCUCAAGGUAUACUCUGAAGCUGACUCAGGUGAGUCAUGUAAUGAUAGUAUAGCAGCAAGCAGUGAUUUAGCCAGUUGUCCUGUAGUGUCUUCUAAGGAAAUUAAAAAAGAACAAGCAUGCAAGAAUGAUAACAAGGAACAAAAAGACCAUAGUAAUGGUGAAGCAUCAAUAGUACAAGCCUUACAUGACACAAUGGUUCUCAGUAGACUUCCUGCACCUGAGCCCUCAGUUUUCAUAGGAGACCCACUUAAGUUCUUAGAGUGGAGAACAAGUUUCAAGGCAUUAUAAGAGUGGCGAUGCACAAAUCCAGCUGAUAAGUUGUUCUACCUACAAAAAUAUGUCAGUGGAGAGGCCCAGUCUGUAUUGGAAGGAAGCUUCUACAGAAAGGAUGAUGAAGCCCAUGAUCAAGCAUGGGAAGCACUGAAUUCUCGGUAUGGCCAUCCAUUUGUAAUCCAGCGUGCAUUUAGAGAAAAACUGAAUGACUGGCCUAAGAUAAGCUCGAGAGAGUCAGUUAAACUGAGACAAUUUAGUGAUUUUCUGACAGCCUGUAGCAAUGCCAUGCCACACAUUAAAGGGCUUCAGGUGUUAAAUGACUGUGAGGAGAAUCAGAAAAUGCUACAAAAACUCCCUGAUUGGCUGACAUCUCGUUGUAAUCGGCAUGUAACAAUGCAGCUGAAACAAUUGGAGGAAUACCCUACUUUCAAGGAGUUUGCUGAUUUCGUGGCACAAGAAGCAGAAAUAGCAUGCAGCCCUGUAACAUCCUUUCAUGCCCUCAAGCUCACUCAAGAGAAGCCAUCUAGAGAGGUUAAGCGCUCAAAGGCAAAUGCAUUCAUCACUAAUGUGAAAGCGUCAGAUAAAUCAAGAAUAGUGUCAAAGACAUACAUUGUUGGAGUAAGCAACUCAGUGGAUUCAAACCGAUCCGACAAAGUCACCACUGUGCCUUCAGUUUCAAACCCAGUCACUUGUAGGUAUUGUGAGGAAAGCCACUCCAUCCACAAAUGCCAAACGUUUGCCAGUAAGCCUGUGGAGGACAAAAGGAAGUUCAUAUUAGACAAUAACCUGUGCUUUGGCUGUCUUAGGAAAGGACACAACUCCAAGGAUUGCAAGAGUAAAGCUACUUGUAGUGUAUGCAAGAAACAUCAUCCAACACCACUUCAUGAAGACCGCCCUUCUUCUACAGCAGUCACAUUUUCUCAUGCUAUACAAGCAGAACAAAACACAUCUUCACUUUCCUGUUGUGUAGACAGUGGCGAUGGUGGGAGUACAUCAAUGAUAGUGCCUAUAUGGAUUUCUUCAACUUCCACACCUGAAAGGGAGAUCUUAGUUUAUGCCCUUCUGGAUACACAGAGCAGCAACACCUUCGUGGAUCAAGAGGUAUGUGAGAGGAUGGGGGCAGUUUCAGAGCCAGUCAAGUUAAAGCUUACAACAAUGAUGGGAAAGGAUUCCAUUGUUCAGAGUGAAAGAGUUAGUGGGCUCAGAGUUAGGGGCUUUACCUCUCAUGGCUUAAUCAGUUUGCCAACUGCCUAUACUAGAGACUUCAUUCCACUUGAACGCUCCCACAUUCCUACUCCUGAAACUGCUAGAAGAUGGAAUCAUCUGAAUGAAAUUGCUCAGGAAAUUCCAAUGCUGCUGGAUUGUGAAGUCGGACUUCUGAUUGGUUACGAUUGCUCAAGAGCUUUGGCACCACGCCAAGUCAUGACAGGAGGUGAUGACGAACCAUAUGCCAUCAGGACAGACUUGGGUAAGAGCAUAGUUGGCUCUUCACCUAAGAUUGCAAAGUCAACUGAAGUUACAGGCCUGUGCCAUCGUGUAUCUGUUAAGGAACUCCCAAAUCUGACACCUACUUCAAUCAUCAGAGCCCUUGAAUCAGACUUUGGAGAUACAAAUCCAAGGGAAAGGAGCAUAUCACAAGAUGAUAUACAGUUCAUGCAACUUAUGAAUGAGAAAAUUCACAAGAACUCAGAGGGACACCUUGAGAUGCCCCUCCCCUUUAAGACACGCCCACAGUUACCUGAAAAUAAGCAGCUGGCUCUGGUGCGAUUGAAGCGCCUGAAAGGAAAAUUUGAGAAAGACCCAAAAUUCAAGAAUGGGGAUGCGGAGAGAGCUGAACACCAACCUAAAGAAGGAAAUGUCUGGUACAUUCCUCACCAGGGAGUAUAUCACCCUAGAAAGCCAGAGAAGAUAAGAGUUGUGUUCGAUUGCUCUGCCAAAUAUGAUGGCACCGCAUUAAAUGAUCACUUGUUAGCUGGGCCGGAUCUCACUAACGGGCUAACAGGGGUACUUUGCAGGUUUCGCAAAUAUCCAAUAACAAUUAUCUGUGAUGUAGAAAGAAUGUUCCACAGGUUCCAUGUAAGCCAGGAAGACAGAGAUUACUUACGGUUCCUGUGGUGGAAAAAUGGCGAUACAAACACCGAGCCAAAGGAGUAUCACAUGAAAGUCCAUCUUUUUGGAGCAGCAUCCUCUCCUGGCUGCGCGAAUUAAGUAUCUUGCAUGUCAAAACA